CCCUGAUCCACCUCUUCUCAGCAUUUCACGGAGGCCGGAGUACUGCAGAGCAGCUUCAAAGCUCUGCUACCUUGACCGGCCGCAUUUCAAGUCUCGCGGGCGGUAGCGUCUAGCUGCUAGCAGUGGCGGACCGGGGAGCCGGCUUCCGCCUGGUCCACCUUGCUUCUACUUCCCCACCUCUUACCGCGAACAAGGCGCAACAAGAGUCACUGGCCUUCUUCGCCAAGCGUCAGCUAGACAAUUAGCCUUCAGCGCCAUCCUCCUUGGCGUCUCCAAGGCGAUCAGGCGGUUUGAGACUGCUGCUUUCCGCACGCUGCCGCGCCUAGUCGGGAAAAGGAGGAUCGAUGAUGGCAGUAUCCCGCAGUCCCGUCAAGCCUGAAGCUGGCAAUGGACGAGAGUUGAAUGGCAAGAACAUGACUUUCAAGGAUGAGAGUAGCCUACAGGUCAAAGACGAGCCCACAAUAGGUGGUCAGACGAAGCUCAAGGACGAAGCCGGUUCCGUCUCCCCCUCUCGCUCACCCACAAAGGUCAGGUUCUCGCCUGUGUCCCGCUCUGCCGUCAAGCACAAAGCGAAUGGCCAUAGUGAUACGAAGGUCGAAGACCAGAGCAGCCAUGCCAGCGGAAGCUCUCCCGGCUCUCCUGUCUCCUCCUCAUCUUCCCGGUCCCCUUACGAUGGUACUCCCGAACCGGACUCUGACGCCGAGUCUUCCGCCAGCGUAGCCUCCUCUUCCAAAUCUGCCCUCUCGCCCUCUUCACCACGCAGACGCCGUACUGGACCUGGUGAAGGCAUCUCGAAUGGCAAGGGUCUGACGCAAGUGGCGACUUCCCUCCCGCCUGGACAGAAGAGGACAAAGAAGGCAAGCACGGCAGGAGGAUUCCCGCCUCAGAUUGUGGAUCACCUGCCGAGAGCUGAAGAUGAGGCGUUAGCUACCUUCACCGUCUUGGGAGAUAACACAUAUUCCAACAAGCAUAUUGGAAGGAGUCAGGGGCAUGAGUGGGGGUUGGUGUGCGAGUGCAAUUACAGGCCUGGCCGUGAUGAGCUCAGUGCUGCCUGCUCUGAGGAAGCUCACUGCAUCAAUCGCCUCACUCAGGUGGAAUGUAUGGCUGCAGACUGCCGCUGUGGCUCCUCCUGCCAGAACCAGCGAUUCCAAAAGAAGGAGUAUGCCGACGUCGAGGUAAUCCAGACUGAGAAGAAGGGCUUCGGUCUCAGAGCAGGCUCUGCCAUUGCGGCUGAAGCUUUCAUCUACGAGUACAUCGGCGAGGUUGUGGAAGAGUCAGACUUCCAGAAGAGGAUGAGACGAUACCACGAUGAGCGGAUUCCGCACUUCUACUUUAUGAUGCUGCAGAGGGACGAGUACCUCGAUGCUACAAAGCGCGGAGGAAUCGCCCGCUUCAUCAAUCAUAGCUGUAAUCCCAACUGCUACGUGGCCAAGUGGCAUGUUGGGAAACACUACAGGAUGGGCAUCUUUAGUCAGAGAGAUAUCCUCAAGGGCGAAGAGUUGACAUUCAACUACAAUGUCGAUCGGUAUGGAAAUGAAGCGCAGCCGUGCUACUGUAGCGAGCCGAAUUGCGUUGGACAGCUGGGUGGUAAGACACAGACGGAUAUUGGAGGCAUGAGCAACCUCUACAUUGAAGCUCUGGGUAUUGUCGACGCUGUGGAGCAACUGCAGGCACGAGGUAACAAGAAGCAGAAGUCGCGAAUCCUCGACGAAGACUUCACACCCACUCUACACCCCCUAGAGGAAGACGAGGUGCCAACUGUCGCGACUGCCAUCCGUCAAGCGGCCACGAAUCGGUCCAUCCUCACAAAGCUACUCCAGCGUCUGGAGAUGACCGACGACGUAGCAGUGCAUAAGCGUUUCGUACGGUUGCACGGCUUUGUGCUCAUGAGUGGCGUUCUGACCAAUUGGAAGGACGACCCCGAGGUGCUCAUCUCGUGCAUGAGGAUCCUGGCAAAGUGGCCCCUCAUUGCCCGGAACAAGGUAGUGGACACUGGCGUUGAAGGUAUCGUUGCAUCUCUGCGCGAAGUAGAAGCACAAGAAGAGCUCGCCAAUCUAGCCAAGGAACUCUACGAUGCCUGGCAGCAGCUCAGCCUCGAGUUCCGCAUUGCUCGCAAAGAGGAGGCAGACGCUGUUGGGGAUGCUGAGGGUGAGGACCAAGAUGCUGCUGGACUCGCUCGGAGUAGAAGGAGGCGAGAGUACGAAGAGGACAGUCAUGACGAUAUCCAGUCGAGGAUGGAUCACGAGCUCGAUCGAGCACAGGCGCCCAAUGAUGUAUCGGAUCGACUGAGAGGAGCGGUACCACGGCCGCUUGGCGUGCUGGCUGCAGGAGGUGGGACACCAGGCGCCCAUCGUUUCCGAGGAGGAUGGGGCGGAGGAGCUGGCUCCUGGCGUCCAGCUCCCUCUCGAGCUCCCUCUACCCCUCUGGGUCUAGGUGGACACAAGGCCAAUCCACAGGGCACGCCCUCGACUCCUCAAACACCAGACGAGCGCUCCACCCUCUACUCUUCCGGGGCGCCUACUGCUACUCCCCCUUCCUCGUCGGCUGCAACCUCUGCUGCUGCUCGCACGAUGAGUAUCGAAGAGAUUAUCCGACGGGCUAAUGAAGCUCAAGCACUCGAGCGGAGCAAGAUGGAGGAAGACGAAGAGCGGCGAAAGGCAUCGGGAGCUGCUGCUGCUGCAGUGGCGAGUGGUAAGAGGUCCGGCUCUGGGAAAACUAGGGAGAAUGGAGCUUCUUCUUCGACGAGCGCGAGUAAGGGCAAGCAUCGCAGUAGCUCUGGCAAUGGAGAUGACUCCUCCUCGAAGCGACGCAAGAAGAGCCAUCGCUUCAACACUUCCACUUCUGCCCAUCCCAACGGCUCCUCUACCUCUAGCUCCAUUCCACUGACACAGCAGGACCUCGAACGUCAAAUUGACAAGCGUCUCCGUCUCAUCGUAGGCGAAGUGGUCGUGCAGGUCAUGAGCAAGUACAAGGAUCGAUUGGAAAAGGAAACGUUCAAGAAGCAUGCGAGGGAACUCACAGAGGUCAUUUGCGCAAAGGAGAAGAAGAAUCCCAAGUUUUGGCCACCGGUACUACCUUUGGCUGUACCUGCAUCCGAAGAAGCGAAGCUAGACAAGGAAGGCGAGACGGCUCAGCAGCAGCAACCUCCAACCACCUCCACCUCCUCUCCUUCAGCAGCCGAACGUCACCUGGAGAAACUCUCUGCAAGUGGGGAGAAGAAGGAGAAGAUGAAGAGCUUUGCAAAGGAGUAUACACAGAAGCUUGUGGCCAGAAAGGGGCUGCCGAGUGCUGCUGCUAGUGCGGGUGUAGGAGCGGGAGUAGGAGGAGGAGGGGAUGCUGGUAUAGGGGAUGCUAGUGCUAGUGCUAGUGCUAGUGCUAGUGCUGGUGCUUCCUAGCUAAGCGCAGCAAGGAGAGGGGAGGGUGGGGCUCAAGAUUGCUGAUGUUCAACGGUAAAGUUCUGAAG